GAGUUCAGAAGGCGUGGCGUUGCACCGGAGCACAGGCUUAAAUACACAUGUGUGUUGCUGCACUGCAAGUGUGCUCGGCUGCAAACUUAGAACCGCACAGUAGAAUUUGAAAGAAGUUGCAUUGGUUGGAAAAAACAACUGUGACUUGGCUAAAAUGCCGUCUUAUGUACUGACACCCUUUCUUGAGCUGGAUGAAGUUUUGUGCAAGAACUUUCUGAACCUUGACCUGAAAGAUGCUCCAAAGAUGACGGUGCCGACAACGAAACCAGUGGGGUUCAAGAACAGCCAGCCUGUCUCCUCUCUGCCCCUAGGGGGCAGUGCAUUCAACACUGGUAGCGCUGGUCAAAUUAGUGAUGUCGGAUUGUGCCUCCAGUCCAGCAAGUGGUCCCGACCAGCAGAACAGCCCCCCCCACCAGGCUUGAGCAAGAUUCCGUUCUGGGUGGACCGUUCCAUCAGCAUGAUUGAAAGUGACUCUGGCAGCUUGGGGUGGGCAGCUUUGGACUCUAGCCUUACCAAGCAGACGGCGGCCUCCGAUCCAGCCGACGAAGCCACCGCCGCUCCCAGUUCGUCCCGCUACAAGACGGAAAUGUGCCGGACUUUCGAAGAGAGCGGCAACUGCAAGUACGGUGCCAAGUGCCAGUUCGCGCACGGUUACAACGAGAUCCGAGGCCUCAACCGCCACCCGAAAUACAAGACCGAGUUUUGUCGCACGUUCCACACCGUCGGUUUCUGCCCUUACGGCAUCCGGUGCCACUUUGUCCACAACGCAGAAGAGGAGCUGCAGGCCCGGCCUCCACAGCAACCAGCUCCCAGAAACCAAAGGCCUCAGCUGCUGAGACAGAGCAUCAGUUUUGCUGGUUUCCCCUCUGCGCCAUACCCCAAGGAGAUCUCUUUCCCUUUCUCCGCAGUGGCUUCCACCUCCCCUCCUCCUUCCACAGGCACCCCAGAACUCCUUUCACCUGCCUUCCAGAAGGAGUCUUUCCCCAUCUUUACUGAAGCCGGCCUGGAGCCUGGGCCUCAGUUUCUGCUUUCUUCUGACUCCGGCCGCUCCUUAUGCAGGCACGCUUCCGCCACCCCGCCCUCUCCUGCCAAAGCAGCCACCACCUUCCCCUCUUCCUCCAGCGGAAACCAGUCGCCCAUCCAGCCUCUUCCAGCCAGCCUGGCUCUCCGAUCAAGGAGCCUGUCUUCCCACUCUCUCUCCGAUUAUGAAGGAGGUUACAGCAGCUCCGCCAGCAGUCUCAGCGGCUCCGAGUCGCCUGUAUUCGAGGCUUUUGGACGACGACUGCCCAUUUUCAGCCAGCUUUCCGUGCCGGAUGACGAUUGUGCCUCAUUUUUCUGUUAGGCGCUGCCAUUCCUUCGCAUAUAGUAUGCGAACUCCAGAGACUACCAAUUGAAACAUGUCUUUUUUUUUCCGAAAGUAUUUUGUUAAGAUCUGUAUACUCUUGUAUACCUACCUUUUUUUUAAUGUAUUUUGGGUGUAUUUUUCACCUCUGUAACAACACUCCAGUCUUCAUGUUUCUGCUGUACAGUAGGGGAAAAUCAAUACAAAAGCCCUGCUAAAAAAAUAAAAACCCCAAAAAUCGCACAAGCGUUUACUGCAAUGCAGGGUUUAAAGGGGGAGAAAGUAACCGAUUUCCUUCAUUUAUACGAGAGUGUUGCUCUUCUUGUGUUCUAUAUUUCUGGGGUGAAGGCAGGUUCUUCUUGUGAAUGUGUGUUUCCUUUUUUUUUUUU